AACCCCCCUUUCCUCGUCCAGAACAACGUCGGAGGAUCCGAAUACCAAGAGAUGAGUUACUUGAUCCGUGUUUGGAUGACGGCCACAGGUGACGCGGCGGCGCAGGGCCACACCGACCCUGCCGGCAACCCCAAGUGUAAGACCGGCCUCAAGUUCGUUCCCCAGAACCGGAGAAGGUUUUUCUCCGCCGCCGGAGAUUCGUCGGAGCUAGGACCGUUGUCCGGUGGAGUCAACCGGAACGGUGACGUGGAGGAUAGACUUGGCCAAGUUGACGAUUCUCUCCGGAAAGUUAUGUACUUGAAUUGCUGGGGUCAAGGGUAGCUGACUCGGCUCUGCGUCUUCUCUUGACUCGGUGGUUGACUCAGCGGUUGACCGAGUUGGAUCGGUCCAAGCUGGGUUUCGGAGUUGAAUUUGUAAUUAUGUUGUUCGAAGAGAAUGAUGAUGUUUUAAAGCUUUGAUCUUGUAAAGUGUAAGUUGUACAGAACAAAAUGAAAUUUCCCCGAGAAAUUUGUGCCUUUUUUUUUUUAUAAGGGAA